AUGCUCGGCCAGACAGCGCAACUUCGUUAUGACUUUCCCUUCCUCGUCCGCACCGAUAGCCUUUCAUUCCGCAAUGUCUCUCUGGCCGAUGCGAUUCUGUUUACGUUGACAGUGACCCUUGCGUGGUUCAUAUCGUCCUCAGUAUGCCAGUACUUCCGACUACGCCAUUUCGACGGACCGCUUUUGGCCAAAAUCUCGAACUUGUGGCUCUUCUCAUCUGUUAACAGCGGCAGAUCUUACCUCGACUUCUGGCAAGUGACUCAAAAAUACGGGACAAUCGCUCGAGUCGGGCUCAACGACCUGGUCACUGAUGACCCAGCCUUUGUCAAGCACAUGUGCAAUGUGAAAACGGAAUAUCGCCGCUCCAGCUGGUAUGACGGCAUGCGCUUCAACCCUACCUCAAACAACUGCUUGUCGACGCGAGAUGAGAUAGCGCACUCGGCUUUGCGUUCCAAAAUGGCUGCUGGUUACGUCGGUCGUGACGUGGAUAACAUCGAGCCCAAGAUUGACAGCAACAUUCGCGACUUCAUGCGCCUGCUGGGUAGCUACGCUGACAAGAAGACACCCGUCGAUCUCGGCCGCAAGGUCCAGUAUUUCACCCUCGACGUGAUCUCGGAUCUUGCGUAUGGCGCGCCCUUCGGAUUCGUCGAGACAGAUACGGAUGUAUAUGAGUAUAUCCAGACGACAGAAAAGAACCUCCCCAUGGUCAUGGUGGUUACUGUCUUCCCAUGGCUUCUGACCCUGCUGAACUCCCCCGUACUUAAGGGGCUGCUUCCAUCCACGAAAGACCGGCUUGGGUUCGGCAGGAUCAUGAGUAUUGCGAAAGAUGUAGCAGCAGAGCGCUUCAAGCUUGACGUCAAUGAUGCGCGAGAUAUGCUGGCAUCUUUCAUCCGACACGGCCUCACUCCAACGGAAGCCGAGUCUGAAAUUCUGCUGCAAAUCGCCGCCGGAUCCGACACAACCGCGUCAGCAAUUCGAUCGACAAUGCUCCAGAUGUGCUCGAACCACGACAUUCUUCAUAAACUUCGACGAGAAAUUGCGUCUGCCGAUAUCGCCGGCGAUAUCAUCAGCGAUAAUGAGGCCAGAAAACUUCCAUAUCUUCAAGCUGUGAUCAAAGAGGGGCUUCGCAUCUUCCCCCCAAUCGCGGGUCUCAUGUCAAAGGAAGUUCCGCCGCAUGGCGAUACCUGGAACGGUGUCUUUAUCCCGGGAGGAACUCGAGUCGGAUACAGCAUCUGGGCCAUUACACGACGAGAAGACAUCUGGGGUGCGGACGCCCUGGAAUUCCGACCAGAGCGAUGGCUCAACAAUUCUCCGGAGAAGGUGAAAGAGAUGGAGAGCACGUUGGAUCUCAUCUUCAGCUAUGGCCGAUGGCUCUGCCUAGGCCGUACGAUUGCCCUCAUUGAAUUGAACAAGAUUCUCGUAGAGGUAUGUUCUUAA